GGGCUGGGAGACACGAUGCGCCGCGUUCUCCGGCUGCUGCUCGGCUGCUUUCUCACCGAGCUCUGCGCCCGCGUGUGCCGGGCGCAGGAGCGAGCGGGGCAAGAGCAGCUGGCGCAGCUGGGCGGCGUGGUGGUGCUGACUGGGGGCAACCGCUCUGGGGCAGCCUCCGGGGAGGUCGGCGAGGGCGCGGGGGUCUCGGACGCACCCCCGACCCGGGCGCCCACGCCGGACUUCUGCCGGGGCUACUUCGAUGUCAUGGGCCAGUGGGACCCGCCGUUCAACUGCAGCUCGGGCGACUUCAUCUUCUGCUGCGGGACUUGUGGCUUCCGGUUCUGCUGCACGUUUAAGAAGCGGCGCCUGAACCAGAGCACCUGCACCAACUACGACACUCCACUCUGGCUGAACACCGGCAAGCCCCCCGCGCGCAAGGACGACCCGCUGCACGACCCCACCAAGGACAAGACCAACCUGAUCGUUUACAUCAUCUGCGGGGUGGUGGCCGUCAUGGUGCUUGUAGGCAUCUUCACCAAGCUGGGACUGGAGAAAGCGCACCGGCCCCAAAGGGAACACAUGUCCAGGGCCCUUGCAGACGUCAUGAGGCCGCAGGGCCACUGCAACACGGACCACAUGGAGAGAGACCUCAACAUUGUGGUUCACGUGCAGCAUUAUGAGAACAUGGAUACCAGAACCCCCAUAAAUAAUCUUCACCCUACCCAGAUGAACAACGCAGUGCCCACCUCCCCUUUGCUGCAGCAGAUGGGCCAUCCACAUUCGUACCCAAGCCUGGGCCAGAUCUCCAACCCCUAUGAACAGCAGCCCCCUGGCAAAGAGCUCAACAAGUACGCCUCCUUGAAGGCCGUCGGAAGUUCUGAUGGUGACUGGGCAGUGGCGACACUUAAGUCACCAAAAGCGGACAAGGUAAAUGACGACUUCUACUCCAAGCGCCGGCACCUGGCCGAGCUGGCCGCCAAGGGGAACCUACCUCUGCACCCUGUAAGAGUGGAGGAUGAGCCGCGGGCCUUCAGCCCCGAGCACGGCCCCGCCAAGCAGAACGGACAAAAGUCUCGCACCAACAAGACGCCCCCACAUCCCCUGGCCUACAAUUCCACCACCAACUUCAAGAGCUGGGAUCCCAACGAGCAGUCUCUCCGGCGGCAGGCUUAUGGCAACAAGGGCAAGCUUGGCACGGCUGAGUCAGGCUCCAGCGACCCCUUGGGAACUCGCCCCCAGCACUACCCACCCCCACAGCCAUAUUUCAUCACCAACAGCAAAACAGAAGUGACUGUGUGAGCUUUCGCUACAGGGUGCAUCCUGGAGAGCACACUCAACUGAGAGGCAAAAAAACAGUCCGGCCCACACCCUCCCUGGCCUCCCCCGACACAGCCACCCGCACACUCACUCUCCACACCAACCGACCAGCAACCUGCUGGUGACAAUGGAAUUACGUUUUUCCUAGGUCAUGCCUAACACGUGUUGGCGGGCUGCUGAGCAGGAAUGAAGCAUGGACAUCCAGCAAUACAGCAAGGGGAAACUGAAGCACCGUCUUUUGACUUCAGGCCCAAGGUUGCCGACUCACAUGCCCAAACUGUGGGGCUAAUUUUCCUCUUCCUCUUAACUUGAAACUAAAAUCCAUGAUGAAACAUAACAGUAGCACAAUGUAGAGAAAUCGUCCAUUUGAGCACAUAUACCAUUUGCCAGGAUCUGUCUGUUUCUGGGUGAAUGAGCCAGGGUGCAAGGCGGGUAGGAAAUGAGGGUGGACACUCGAGAUGAGAGUUCUUGAAAAGAGGAGUCAUUUGGGAGGAACCUGUGCACAUUAUAAGCAUUUUCUAAUCCCAAGAAGUGGCGAUGUGGGCACAAAAUUUUGACGAGCGUGAGACAGUAACUGGACCCUAACCAUUUAUAGUCCUUUUCAUAUCAUUCAUGUUGGAAGCAAAAAACAACACCUACUCAGACUUGCAAAACGUAAAUGACCCUGAACCCACCAACAGUGAUGGGAAAGAAGGAAGAUUUUAGGACUCCCAUUAAGACCAUGACCAUGGCUAUGGGAGGGAUGGGCUCUUAUGGCAGGCAGAGGGUCCAGAGAGUACUAAAUACAUUUUUUUAGAGAAAAAAAGAAAAAUGAAGUAUAAACCUACUACAAAACAGACAAGAACAACAAAUUCGUUUUUUGUUCCAAAUCUUCAAGACUUAGGAAAUCAACAAUGGCAUCAAGAACAAUUAAAAGAAAAAUCACAGCUGAAAAGUUGACAAGAGGCGAGAAGGGGACACAGAGCGUCCGAUUGCUGGCACGUCCCCCUUGCCUCUGAGACAAGACACAGACACUAACCAGUCCUCCACUGUCAAUCUCCGACUCCCUUCCCUUCAGCCCGUUGCCGCCGCCGCUGCCGAAUUUCAACUGCUUUGGACUGAAAAUGUCAUAAGCGUGGGUGGUGCCUUCAAUGUGUUACUGUUUAAUGACAGUCUUAUUUCCCAAGUGCAACCUGUGUUCUUUUAGCCUCCCUCCCUCCUGUUUUUCUGCAGUGGUAGAUGUUUUCAUCUUCCCUUUAUUGGUGAGCCCACCCCAUCAUACCCUCUGAGGGGGCUGCUGCAGUGUCAGGGGUACCUAAACACCAAGAUCUCCCUACCUCCCACACUGUCCAUGAGUUCUACCAUUUACAGCUUCCCAAACCUAUUAAACAUUUCUGCAUCCCCUAAUUCCCAGGGACCCUCCAAACCACCAUUCCAGAUACUCAAGUGCACUCAUCUCCCAUCCAGAAUUCCCUGAGGUUGUAUUCAGGUUGGUUCUCAUGGCCAGUAGACCUUGGGUGUCCCAACAAAGGCAAUUUUCAUGCUAGUUCUUUUUGUUUUGUGAAAGUCCAAAGAGAGCCGUUGAGAGAGAAGAGGUCUGCAUUUAAGGUGCGAAAUUUUCAACUAGUCCCUAAAGUUCUUAGCUAGUUGACAGGGACCUUCAAGAGACCUCUAGCUGUUCCGAUGUCAGAGGCUGCCCAUGGUCCCCAAAAGACUCCGAGCAUAUGCUGGGAUGCUGGACUCCAAGUUGUGUCUCACCCAGCUCUCCCUCUGACAUUGCAGAAUCAGGGAAACCCGGUGGGCCUUCUCCUGUUCGCUCCCAGCUGAUCUGGAGACCUUGACAAUGCUUUUGUCUCUCUGGGCUUUAGUCUUCUACCUGAAACAUGGAAAGUGGAGGCUUGAUCAAGCUUUUUAAGCUUUUUGAAAUAACAAAACUUCAGCCCAUUUUUAAAAAUGAAAUUGUGCACAGAAACUACUACAUAAGAACUUCUUUCAUAACAAUGUUCUGUGCUGGAUGAAAUGGGUGGGAGAUUUAGUGCCCACUUUCUCAGCCUCUUUGCAGGGACCCCAAUGCUCCCCAGAGUGGACUAAACACCACUGGGCUUAGUUUCCUUGACUUAGUUAUCUGUGUACCUACCACACACUUGGGCAUCUCUGUAUCACUGGCACAGUAUUUGUACCUAACUCGAUUCAUUUUUAAUACAUUUGACUUUUAAAAGAAAAACUUCCUGCCAUCAUCACAAAUAGAAAACCAGUAUCAGUCACCCUAAAUAGUAAGUAUAAAAAUAAGUACAAAGGCAACAAAGCAAUUGUCAAGUUCUAGCUAGAUGCGAUUGCCUGUGGAAGGGUCUGAACAUAGAGCCUGGUGUGUUUUCUCUCUCUCUUCCAGUCUCUCCCUCCCCCCUUCUCUCCCUCUCUACUCCCCAUCUCCACUCCUCUCUCCUCACUCUCUUUAUUAAAACAAGAUUAACAGAUACUAAAGAGCUGUUAAAGAUAUACCAGCAUCUAAUGAAGAUUUUCUCCUUGAAGUAACCAGAUGGACUGACAAAAAUGCAAAGGGAAUCAUUUCGUAUGUGACUCAGUGUUAAUUAGUGCUAUGUCCAUGUACUACUUAAAACUGUUUUGCGUACGCUAGUGGUACACAGCCCAUGCUUCAGGAAACACUGGGCUGGCUUAUCUGGGAGGUCCCCUCCAGCUCAAACAUUCUGUGGUUCUUGGCUCCCUCUUAGCUCACCUUUGCUCCUUGCUCUCAACUCACUUCAUCUCACUGUUAUCCCAACCCUGAUUAAGGACCUUUCUUGGUCUCUAAAUCUACAGGAUUUUAUUUAUUCUCCAUGUUCAUUCUCCUCUGAGUCAACAUCAUGCAGUGACUUCUGUCAGUUGGAGGGCCUGCAGCAACAGUGUGGGCAGCAAAGCUGUGGCAUGGGAAGAAGGACGUAGCAGCGAUGACAGCCCCCGAAGAACAGCGCUUCUCAGUCUCGUGACCUUCCCAUUGGCUUUGAGAACAAACUGAGGGGGGGAGUGUGGCCAGGGAAGUGUAUCCUUUGGCCUCCUCUGGGGCGGGAAGACAGACCUCAUGAUGCUGCAAGAGUGUAACGAGGGAUGACCUAGGGAACUGUGACCACCGUGGAUCAGCAAGGACCCAACAGUUAGAGGAGGGAGACAUAGAAGAGAAAGCAGAGUAAAGCAGAGAGACUGUCCCUUCCGCAUCCCAUGCCCUGGCACUAGCUUCUACUUGCCUUUACCUGUCCCGACUUCCAACACCAUGGGACCAGAGUCUGACUCCCCUUGGCCCCGCCCCCCCCCCCAGAGUGUCUCAGCCUCCAUCUGCCUUGGGCUCUGCCUGGCCUCCCCAUCUAACUCCCCCCAGGUUUUUGUGCAAAUGGAGCAUAUUUUAUGUGCGAAUAUUUUAGUAACCGUAUGUUCUGCAAGUAAACCUGUGUUAAUACUCGUCAACAACUGCAGAGUUUAUGAUACCAA